AUGAAACCGCGUAACCAACGUUAUACCAACAUGUUUUUCUGGAUCGCUCAAAGCAGACAAAUCUCACGGGUCAAUUUUCUGUGCCGCAAGAUGUCUGAACCUUCAGGAUCUUCAGGCAAUGUAGAUGGGAUCAUGGUGCUCUUCAGGCAUUCCCCCUUGGCUGUUGCUUGCCCUUCACCUCUUUUGCUUUUGAACUACCCGCUGGUGGUCAGCAACGUGAAGGUGCUCAACGAAAAGAUAAAGGGCACUCGGCCAAAGACUUCGUUGGCGGCUACCAUUCGCUUGCUGCGAGAGACGUACACAAGCGAGGGCGUCCUUGGCCUGUACAAAGGCGGCCACAUUUUCCUGCUGCACCAGGCCAUUCGCGAUGGGAUGCGUUUCGUGGUAGAUCGAGGGCUGCGAGCUCUCGAAAGAAGGCUGGGGUGGAAGAAAUGGGAUGCAGAGGACAUUGAGCCCAAAUCAAAGCGGCGGAGGUUCUUGGUGAGGCUUGCCUUGAAGUACAGCAUUGACAGUCUGUGCUACCCUGUGCUGCUGGUUUCCACGAGAACCAUCAUCAAAAAUGACCAGGAGACUUCGUGGCAAUCGGUUUGCACAUGGAGUCGGGAGGAGGGACUUCUGUCACUCUUCGCGGGGCUCACGGCGUCUUUGAUCUCAAUGGCAGUUGAAGAGGCCAUGGAGAUGAUCUUGGCUUAUUGCAUUGAGAGACAUGCCAAGGGAAAUCAACUCGACGUCUCGGACAAGUUGGUGCUGAAGGCGUGUGGCAGCUCUGUGUUGUCUGUGUUCACCUCGCCUGUGAACCACGUGGGUGUCAUACAAAGGUGCCAAUCGCGUUUACCUGGCCUUCCCGAGCCCCGCAGCGUGGCUUCGAUUGUCCGGGGACUGCCUUGGCGAGGAUCCUUCAAUCAAUUGCUGCUUUUCGGGGGCAUCUUGACUCUGAACGUCAGGCUCAUUCAAUGGAAAUUGCAGAUGCAGGCGGAGAAUGAGGAGGAAUGAUGCAUCCUUUGACUUCAGUCAUCUUCAAUCCAAC